UAUUGGAACGAAUCUCCUUUUACAGUGUCAUCUACAAUUUGUUUUACAUGUAAUGAUCAUCUCGUCACACAUAACUUUGCUCUCACAACAGAUUGUACUUACUACUAUGAUUACCGUUUUGAUCCGGUGCAUGCAAACAAGGAGCCACAAGGCUACUGAUUUGGUUGCACUUUCUAACGAAGAGCUAGGCCGCUUAGAACGAAGAAGAAGGACCAACUCCGAACCAGCUGAGAUGAACAUGAACGUGCUACCAGAGGGAGCUAACCAAGAGGGCAACAAUCUGCCACCACCUGUCUUGCCUGAAGGAGGGAACAAUCCCCAAAAUGUCUUGCCUGCCGUUGCCGGACCGAUCGGUCUACAACUCGGACCGGUCGAUCCUCGUGCUGUCGUACCGAACGGUCCACCUCCUGGACCGGUCGAUCCCGUCGCUGCUGCACACCCUGCUCGUACCCUUGGCGAGCAGGACACACCGGAUCGUUUCUACGCGAACCGGUCUGUACUCCGUCCUCCGAACCCCACUCGGCAGGACUAUGAGAUCAACAAAGGAGAUUUCUCAACCAACACCGUGGUGCAAGCGACAUCAUUGAUCGAGAAUUUGGCUAGAAGCAAUAGCGAUCAUGCACCCGAGUAUGAUCGUUCAUUGAAGGUAAAAGCGGUGGAGAAUGAUGCGCUUAAGGAUCUCACUCAAAAGGUGAACCUUCUACUCGCACGUGAGCAACAAACCAUCAAAGCACUUGAAGAGACGUUUGAUGAGGAUGAUGAUCAAGAGGAGGUCAACUACAUUGGUGGACAAGGAGGUUACCGUGGUUUCAACCCCAAUUAUCGAAACCAUCCUAACCUAUCUUAUCGCAGCAACAAUGUGGAGAACCCUCAAGACAUGGUGUACCCUCCACGCCAACAAGGGAACCUCAACAAGCCAUCCACAUUCGCUAACUACCCACCUAAGCCGGCUGUACCUCAAGAAAACAAGCUGGAGACCAUGAUGUACUCUCUGAUCGAGAGUCACAAGAAGAGUGCAUCAGAGAUCAAUGCGAAAAUCGAUGGGAUGUAUGGUGAUUUGAAUGGGAAGUUCACUACCUUGGCUAGUCGGGUUGAUUCCUUGGACAAGAGAGUUUCGACUAUGGCAUCCAGCUUUAAAGGGAAAGAAGCUUGUAAUGCUGUCAUGGCUCAUUCUGGAGCCAAUACAAGCUUCCAUUCGGAUAGCCCCUAUCCGCGUGUUCCUAAGGCCAAGAUUGAUGAAACUAAGUACAACCGCUUCAAGGAGAUCAUGAGCGAGUUGAUAAAGGAGGUUACACUCUCCGAAGCCUUAGAUGAACUCCCUUUCUUAAAGAAGAUCUGUAGAGAUGUGCUCAAUGGUACUGAGGACCCAGCAGAGGUCGAUGCCUACUUGGCAAAACAAAAGGAAGCCUCAACCCUCAAGCUCGUUAAGGUGGAGAAACAAGAAGACCCGGGCAAGUUCGUUGUGCCAUGUUCUAUAGAUGGAGAAGUCUUUGCCAACUCCCUGUGUGAUUCGGGAUCAAGCGUGAAUGUCAUGUCAAUGGCCACUGUCCGAAGGCUUGAUCUCCAAGGGAUGGAGACCUCCCAAUGCUCCUUAAAGUUCGCCAACGCAUCAACAACAACCCCUCAAGGUUUCAUAGGCGAUGUAGAGGUGCGUGUAGGUAACCACUUGGUACCUACUGAUUUCCAUGUUGUCGAAAUGAGUGGAGGUUCCGAGACUCCUUUGAUCUUGGGACGUGCUUUCUUGACCACGGUUGGGGCCGUGUUUGAUCUUGAUGAGCCCAAGAUGACCUUCACUAAGAUCGACAAGAAUGUUGCUUAUUAUCCGGUACUUGAAGCCGCUCGUCUAGGAUCUUGCUAUGCCGAAGUCUCUAUGGUAGCUAUGAAGAGGACGCCUCGUAUACGUGUGAAUCGCCAAUGGCCCUACCAAAUGGUCAAGAGGAAUUGCAAUUGCAAUCCUGCAUGCUUUACUCCCGAUGAAAACCAAGAAGAGAUAAGCGACGAGAUCCAUCCACACGACCUCAACAUGUUCGAAAUGCGUGUGAGGAUGGUCCCGGAAAGGCUUAGUUUCAAGGAAGCAUGGACCAAUUAUGUUGGCUUGCAAAAGUGCUUUUGGAAGAGUAGGGAACCUCUCUAUGUCAUAGAAGCACAUUUCUAUAGGGCGCGUGAGAAAGCUACGGAGAGAAGAUGCCUUCUCAAGGUGAAAGAUCUCGGUUGCUUCGUAGUUCCUUGUGCUAUCAACGGAGUUUCCGUGAAUAAUUGUCUAUGUGAUUCGGGAGCCGGAACAAGCGUGAUACCCACCACCAUUGCUUCUCGAUGUGGUAUCACCAAGUGUAGUCCAUCUACAACGAAGCUCUACAUGGCCGAUGAGUCGGUGGUCAUACCAAGAGGCGAGCUCCGUAAUGAGAUAGUGCGAAUUGGAGAUGUGGACGUGCCUACGGAUUUCCAAGUUGUGGAUGUACCCGGAAAGCGUCAACAAGUUAUCUUGGGGAGAGCUUUCUUAACUACUGUUGGAGCUGUCAUGGAUGUUCCAAAUCGCCGUGUUUGCUUCGCCAACGUAGACAAGGAGGUGUUCUAUCACACUACGCCACGAGAGAGCGCGCUUAGGCCGCAAAUGGCUCCUAGACAACGACGCAGCGGCAAAGAACCAGCCACCAGAGAAAGAGAGUGGAGUAGCACGGACCACAAGAAUACCACCACGCUUCGUACCUGCAAGUUUGAGCCGACUCGGUUCCUAGACACCGAUGUCUUGGAGGCAAUGGGCAUUCUAGACGACGUGACGGCAUUCCUGCGCAAUGCCGGUUUCGGAAGCUUCCCUGCGAAGCGGUGGCCUCUUUUCCCUGAUGCAGCCGCUGAGUUCCUAGCCACGGUGGAGCUUCAUUACCCGACGGAUCCACUUGAUGCCACCGACGGGUUUAUCUCAUUCUUCCUCGCCAAGAGACCAUUCGAUAUCACGCUCAGCCAGCUCUGCAAUCUCUAUGCCUUUCCGAGGAGAGAGAAAACCAAGUUUGAUGGGGUCACAGACGCUUCUGAGUUCUGGCAGACCUUUGGGUCCGGUGACUAUGUUUCGCGAGGUGCCAAGCAGGCACUGAUCCGCAAUCCGGUGCUCCGCCUCGCUGUUCGCUUCAUAAGCAGCACCAUCUUUGCCCGCGCCGAGAUGGGUACUUUACAGCUACCGGAGCUCUCUAUGUGCUUCUACGGGCUCCACCCGUUCAUCACCGACCCUGCCUCGGCAAACUACAACAAGACGCAUCGCGUCAACUUCGCCGCUCUACUUUGCCAGGAGUUUAUCCAGGUGCGCAACAACGCACUUCGAUCCUCGAAGAAGGUCAUCACCAUCGGCAGUAUGGUGACUCCCAUCGUUGCCUUCUGCGGCUUUAGCGUCACACGUCCCUUACCGGAAAACAAGGCGCGAUACAUUGAUCGGGAGCACCUCUACGCGAGCGAGAUCCUCAUUCGUCACUCGCUGGUCUAUCGUUUCCAGGGCCAGGAUGGGAUUUACAGGUACAUUCGCCUGCCCCGCAUUGAUCUGACAUCUCUCGCUAUUCCAGGAAACAUUGGUUUCUAUCCGCCUGCUGGGGUGCUUUGCGAGAGACCCAUUCCGCCGAAGACUAGUGGUGUUAGGAGAGCAGCCCGCGCUAGGCAGCCUGACGAGGCUGGUCCUUCUGAGCCUCCUGCUUCUCAGCCACCACCAUUUCAGACAUACUCCGGACAGGUGCCUCCUUUUGAGAUCGACUUGAGCGCGUAUACGGCUACUGAGCCAUCUACGGAGUUUGAGCGAUGGGUCUGCGACACGACCAAGAAGAACAACACCCUGCUGACUAAGAUUGCUUCUUGGCUCUGCUGCGUCGCACCACCACCAUCUCCUUCUCCACGUAUGCCUAUUCCACCGCCAUCAUCCGUCCCAGAGCACGCAGCCGGUCCUUCUGGCGAGGCACCCAUUGGCGAGUCCAUCCCCGCUUUCCGAGCUGCUGAUGAUGAGGAGGACUUUCCUACUUGGCUAUCGUCACCUAGCCAUGAGACUUCAGAGACUAGCGUGCAGGACGAUUUCCGCAUUCGUACCAGACGAGGCCCAGGCGUCUUCGACUCUCCACCGUCUCCCUAGUCUCUAAUUCACUGGUUCUAUCCUCUGUACCAUACCUUUUCGUUUA